AUGGUGAAGUAUGGGCAAUUCUGGGAGCUUAAAAACAGACAUGGACACCGUCUGUCUGUCUGCUCUGUGCUGCAGGGCCUCCUCAAGAAGCGCCUCUUGCCAGCUGAGCACUGCAUCACCAAGAUAAAGCGGAACUUCAGUAGCGGCACCAUCCCUGGCACCCCUGGGCCCAAUGGAGAGGAUGGGGUGGAGCAGACGGCUAUCAAGGUGUCCCUGAAGUGCCCCAUCACCUUCCGCAGGAUCCAGCUCCCAGCCCGUGGUCACGACUGUCGCCACAUACAGUGCUUUGACCUGGAGUCAUACUUGCAGCUCAACUGUGAGCGGGGGACCUGGAGGUGCCCUGUGUGCAAUAAGACGGCAUUGCUGGAGGGUCUGGAGGUGGACCAGUACAUGCUGGGUAUCCUGAUUUACAUUCAGAAUUCAGACUAUGAGGAGAUCACCAUCGACCCCACGUGCAGCUGGAAGCCAGUCCCUGUGAAGCCUGACCUGCACAUCAAGGAGGAGCCAGAUGGGCCAGUGCUGAAACGCUGCUGCACUGUGAGCCCCGCCCAUGUGCUCAUGCCCAGUGUGAUGGAGAUGAUCGCAGCUCUGGGCCCGGGCGCUGCCCCCUUUGCCCCUUUGCAGCCCCCUUCGGCCCCUGCCCCCAGCGACUACCCCAGCCAGGGUUCCAACUUCCUGGGGCCUGGAACCUUCCCAGAAUCCUUUCCAUCUGCUACACCCACCACCCCAAACCUUGCUGAAUUCACUCAGGGGCCACCUCCCAUGUCCUACCAAUCUGACAUUCCUGGCAGCCUCCUGACUGCAGACAAGUCUGCUCCUUGCCUCCCAGACCAGAUGGCACCAGCAGGCCACCUGGACCCAGACCAUAAUCCUGGACCACCAGGAUUGCACACCCCCAACCUCGGGCCCACCCCAGGCUCCCAACUACACCAUCCAAAUCCUCCCCCUCCAUCCCGACAGUCCCUGGGUCAACCAAAUACAGGGCCCAUCAGCGAACUGGCCUUCAAUCCUGCCAUGGGCAUGAUGGGACCUCCCAGCAUGACUGGGGCAGGGGAGGCCCCAGAACCAGCUCUGGAUCUGCUCCCAGAACUGACCAAUCCUGACGAACUGCUCUCCUACCUGGGUCCACCUGACCUCCCCACAAACAGCAGCGAUGACCUGCUCUCACUCUUUGAGAACUGAUCGUGUGUUAACCCCUGGCCUGGCAAGGCCACACUUACAGAUUCACCACAGCCUUCCCUUCUCACCCAACCCCGCAGGAUGCCUGGUGGUUCUCCCUGAAUCCCUCAUGCACACACCCUGAGCUGGGACCAGCCCCUGAUGAACUGGAAGCAGCCCUGUGCUCCAAGGGGCCCCAGGCCAGUGGUCCUCACACCCACCCUCUAUCAAGCUCACUGCUACAGAAUGGGUCUUGCGAGGUGCCCUGCAGGCCCCAUCAGCUGCGUGUGCACACAACCCUACACCCCAGACUCAUGGCCUUGCACUUGUCCUUCCGCCCUGCCUGCUCCCACCCGGCCUGCAUCUUGUCCAGCACUGACCCUCUGUUUCUGCUUCUCCUCAGAAGAGCUGGCUGGCAAGGCUGGCUCCAUACUCUUGGUCUGCAGCUCCAGUGGCUUGAGCCUGGCAGGCUCAGAACGAUACAGAGCACCAGCCUGUGGGGGCCUGGUGCUCUCACCCAGCUGAAUGUGGUCCGGGGGUUCCCCCCUCCACCCUGAGCUUCAGGCAGAGGCUGGGGUGGGGGCAAUAAAGCACAACAAUGUA